AUGGCAUCUCUUUACGUGCUUCUCGCCGCCGUUGUCCUAGUUAUUCUACGGAGCCUCAGUACCGCACGAAGCAGGUCGCAACGUGCAAAGAGCCUGGGCUGCCUCCCAGUAAACAAAUACCCGCAUACCCACCUCCUUGGCUACGAUCUCUACCGUGCGAGACUUAAGGCAGUUCUUGAUGGUCGUCGCAAUGGCUUCGAUCGCGAACUGUUCGCCAACUACGGUGCAACAUACCAGGAACGGGCCAACCUGAGCACCAUUAUUAACUCCACCGAGACGGCCAAUUUUCAAGCAGUAGGUGCCACGCAGUUUCAGGUCUUUGGACGCGAUACUCGACGUGCUGCCGCGCCUUUCUUUGGCUGCGGGAUCCUUUCCAUGAAUGGGCCCGAAUGGAAGCAAACGAGAGAUCUUGUCACACCUCUUUUCAAACGUGCCGAGCUUUUGGACAUUGAAUACUUUAAGAAGUACGUGGACAGAUUGUUCGCCCUGUUACCCCUAGAUGGGAGUACAGUCGACAUGCAACCACUGUUGCAGAAGCUUUUCUUGGAUAGCUCAACCGAGUUCAUUUUUGGCGAAUCUAUCGAUUCGCUGCGUGAUACGACAACAAAAUCACAAGAUUUCCUUCAGGCUUUCAAUGCCGCACUUGCUGGAGCCGGGAAGAGAUUGAACAUGGGCGGCGCCUUCUCCUUCAUCUACGCCUUUGACAAAUCUUGGGAAAAGUCAUACACCCAGGUCCAUGCAUUCAUCGAUGGAAGAAUCAAGAAGUAUUAUGAGAAGGCUGCCGAGAAAGAGCCAGCACUGGAGGGCUCACGGCGCCGCUACGUCCUCCUCGAUGGCAUGGUCAAGCACUUUCCAGACCCGGUAGAGCUUCGCUUCCAACUCCUGAACAUCUUCUUCCCGGCUCGUGACACCUCAGCAAUCCUCGUUUCCAACGCUCUCUUCUUGUUAGCACGAAAUCCGCAGUACUGGAAAGAGCUUCGUCAGGAAGCCCUGAAAAUCCAAGACGAACCCAUCACGUUCGAGCUUCUGAAAGGUCUGCACCUGUUCCGCUACACCCUCUUCGAGGCAAUCCGACUCUUAGGCCCGUCAGGCCAGGUACGACGUAUCGCGCUACGAGACACGACCCUUCCGCGCGGUGGUGGUCCCGAUGGGUCGGCCCCUGUUUUCGUACGCAAAGGAACCGGAGUCUUUCUGAACAAUUUCCCCAAGAUGCGAGACACCGAUGUCUGGGGUGAUGAUAUUGAGGCCUUCCGACCUAAUCGCUUCGAAGGAAAGGUGCUGACUUGGGAGUUCACGCCUUUUUUCGGCGGGCCACGCAUCUGCCCGGCUAUCAACCAGGUCAUUUCGCAGAGCGUCUAUCUACUUGUGCGUCUGGUCCUGCGAUUUGAGAUGGUUGAGAAUAGGGACGAGUGCUUGGAAUACAUAGAGGCGACUCGGAUGCUGGUCGAGAGUCGGAAUGGAAUCAAGGUGGCGUUUCACCUUGAUGCGACGUAG